AGGGCGCAGACUCCCUGUGCUAGAGACAGGCACAAAUAUAAACGCGGUCCGGGGUCUGGCUCCGACCGUCGGGGACGCGCCUCAUUACCGAGGUCAGGAUAGGCACUUCAGUUGCUCUAAUGAAGGGUCAAUUUUCAUCCGGUAUGACUGCCACCCUCAUUAACUGGUUACCCCAGAAACCGGUCUGUUGGUUACUGGUGUGCUGGUGAUUUCAGUUCCCGAUGCUACUCGCCCCGCUGUGUUGCGGGCUCCGGGGAUGUUUAUGAUCAGCUCAUGACGCCGCCGGUCGGUAACCGUGUCCCAGUGCCUCGCUGCCGCCAAUAACCCGGCUCAGAUCGCGUCAACCUCUCAGUGACUGUCCCUGUACGAUGCCGUUUCCGCUGCCCCUCAAGAGGGAGAAUGCCUUCAGCACGUUCGAUCCCAACUUCAUGCCGGGAUAUGGAGGAUAUGUCCCGAAGUUACAGAGUCGCCUGGGGGAGACUUACGGAAACGCCACUCUUGAGCUGCUGUCAUAUGAACCUGGGCAGCCCAAGUCACCAUAUUUAAUUCUAACCCAGACAAAGCCAUUCUACAAUCCCCAAGUCCCAAGACAUCUGCUCAAUAGGACAUAUGGCCAUCCAGAAAUUACCACGUAUGCAGGGCAGGUGCAGAAGAUAAACAUCAAAAACGGCUACUUCUAUCCCAGGGAUGGUAAAUAUUAUUUUGCCUUAAAGAAUUAUGUUUAUGACAAUAAUCCUGAAACAACCAGUGCUAUUCAGACAAUUGAAGAGCUGAGAAAGAUUGAAAGAAUGACAUGCAAAAGGAGUGAUAUGAUUGCACCGUGGAGAAAAUCACAGCCUUCACGUUCUGUGGCAUCGGAAGAUAUUAAACCACCAAGUAACUGCAAUUUCUUACCCCUGGUAUGUGAGCCAUCUUUUGAUCCAUGUCCAUCAGACAGAAUGGAUCUAUCCCAAACCCUGGAGAAAAUGCCAGCAGAGCAGCACAGCAAGAUUAUUUAUAAAAGUAACUCUGCACUCAUUUCCGGUUACGGUGGGUUUGUGCCAGGUCAGCAGUUUGUAACUGGUAAGAGUUGGGGCCGCAGCACCUUUAAUGUUCUGGGACAAGGAGAGAAGAGUUCCACAGAUUCGCCAUGACCUACAACUUAGAAAUAAGCAUCCUAUAGGAAUGAGCAUCUUAGACAGC